AUGCGUCUGGGUGUCUUUUAUUUGAUCUACGCGGCGCUGUUCCGUUGCUCGUCCGAACCGUUCUCGUUCAAUUACAACCCGAACCACGAGCUUCUUGUGUGUCGCGAGAUGGCAUCUGUGCAUGAAAAUGUAGCACCUGUGAUUCAUGACCUUGGUGUGAAAACACACGACUUGUUGCAUCCUUAUGCUGGCAAGUACAUGGAUGCCACACACGAUGCAUGGAGGCGAUACUCGCCUGCCCUGUACAAGUCGUCCAAGCAGAUGCACGACACGUACCGUAUGCAUGUCGUGCCUGGUGCUCGUGCCCUGUACAAGCAAGCGCAUGCGUGGUCGUUGCCACACCAGCGCACGCUCCAUUCGUACUACAAGAAGCACGUGUACCCUUAUGUGAAGAAGAUGAACAAGGCGUUGAACCCUUACAUGCGCACGUAUCAUAAGGACGUGCACCCACACGUGCUCAAGGCCGGACGCAGCUUAUUUGAUGCUCACGAUGCGUCGUCCAAGUACUACGUCGAAAAGCUGCACCCACGUAUCAAAAACAACAUCUAUAAUGCGUACAAGUUUGGUCGCCACACAGCUUUCCCAUUUGCGCAUCAUCAUUACGUGACGCAUGCUCACCCGCAUGUGAAGAAACUGCAUGCUUCCGUGAGCGCGGCUGUGGACCAGGUGCUUCAGAAGUACGGCAUCAAGGACGGCUCGUUGGUGAACAAGGUGACGGAUAAAGUCCAGGAUGUUUACAGCGAAGCAGGCGCGAAGGUCUCAGAGGCAGCAUCAGCCGUCGACGAGACACUUAGCAAGUCUGGGCUGAAGGACGGUUCCGUCGUCAACAAAGUGCCCGAAGCUGCUCAGAACGCUUAUGAACAAGCGAGUGAGGUCAUCGACCAGACGCUGAAGGACCACGGUAUUAAGGAAAAGACGAUGGGCGAGUCUGUUGCUGAUGCCGUACAGGAUGCAUACGAACAAGUCGAAGAGGCUGUAAGUAUGUGA